AUGGCUGUUAGUAUGCAGUGUCAAACUCUCAACGCAUUCUGUUUCAAGAAAGACACAAAAAAGAAACGAAAUCAACGAGAACAAAAUCAAAUUUCCGAAUUCUCGUUACCCAGAUCAUCUCCAACGCAACUUCUUAUAUACCAGAAGCCAUCCCCGCGGACUAAACUUCAGGCACUUGGCAACGUUGUUGAUGACCUCGAAGCUUCUAUCAAAGAUGGCAUAAAGAUCGAUGAUCCAAGCAUGUUUUCUUCACUUCUUGAAACUUGCUUUAACUUAGAAGCCGUUGAACAAGGUGUCCGCAUCCAUCGAUUGAUUCCCGAAAAAGUUCUACGUAGAAACGUGGGUGUUUCAUCAAAGCUGCUUAGAUUGUAUGCUUCUAAUGGCUAUAUUGAGGAAGCCCACCAAGUGUUCGAUUAUAUGUCUGAGAGAAAUUCGUCUGCUUUUGCCUGGAAUUCACUUAUAUCGGGAUAUUCCGAAAUGGGUUUGUACGAGGACGCGUUGGCAUUGUAUUUCCAAAUGGUGGAAGAGGAUGUAGAGCCUGACGGUUUCACAUUCCCUCGUGUUCUUAAAGCUUGCGGCGGCUUGGGUUUGAUUCAUGUUGGUGAGGAAGUUCACCGUGAGAUAAUUCGUCGUGGUUAUGGAAACAACGGUUUUGUGCUUAAUGGGUUGGUGGACAUGUACGCAAAGUGUGGUAACAUUGUGCGUGCACGCAAAGUGUUCGAUAAAAUUCCUUCAAAAGAUGUAGUUUCUUGGAACUCGAUGCUUACAGGCUAUGUUAAACAUGAGCUCCUAUUCGACGCCACCGUUAUCUUUAGACGUAUGAUCCAAGAUGGGUUUGAGCCAGAUUCCAUUUCGAUAUCCACGAUUCUUACAGCUCGGCCGUCGCUAAAACUUGUAUCCCAAAUCCACGGAUGGGUUCUUCGUAAAGGAACCGAAUGGAGUUUACCAAUCGCGAAUUCACUCAUUUUCAUGUACUCAAAUCAAGGCAGGUUGGAUAGAGCACGACGGCUGUUCGACAAAAUGCCUGAAAGAGAUUUGAUUUCUUGGAACACCAUGAUUUCUGUACACAAUAAACACCCAAAUGCCAUUGUUUACUUCAAUCGAAUGUUGAAUGCCAACAUCUCUCCUGAUGCCAUUACAUUCGUUUCCGUAUUAACAGCUUAUGCUCAUUUGAGAAUGGUGAAAGAUGGGGAACGAUCGUUUUCGAUGAUGGAGAAAUACGGAAUAAUUCCGAGUAUGGAACACUAUGCAUGUUUGGUGAAUCUGUAUGGCAGGGCUGGAUUGAUUGACGAAGCUUACAAAGUGAUUACAGAUAAAAUGCAAUUUGCAGCUGGUCCAACAGUUUGGGGUGCAUUAUUACAUGCUUGUUGUGUUCAUGGGAAUGUAGAAAUUGGGGAAAUUGCUGCUGAAAAUUUGUUUGAAAUGGAGCCUGAUAAUGAUCACAAUUUCAAGCUUUUGAUGCAGAUUUAUGGCGAAGUGGGUCGUCUGGAAGAUGUGGAAAGAGUGAGAGUGAUGAUGGUGAGUAGAGGGUUCGACUUUUAGAAGAUGUGAAUGGAAGUAAUUAUAUUUAUUGAAUUAAUUAAAGCUGUAGUGUAUGAAUAAAUGGUUUCCCAUGGUAUAAAUUACAUAUUAGAUGAUUGG